GCGCCCCGCCGCCAGCGCACCCCCGGACGCUAUGGCCCACCCCUCCGGCUGGCCCCUCGUGUAGGAUGGUGGCACACAACCAGGUGGCAGCCGACAAUGCAGUCUCCUCGGCAGCAGAGCCCCGACGGCGGCCGGAGCCUCCCUCCUCUCCCUCCUCCUCGCCCGCGGCCCCCGCGCGCCCGCGGCCCUGCGCGCCGGCCCCGGCCCCGGCCCCCGGCGACACGCACUUCCGCACAUUUCGCUCGCACGCCGACUACCGGCGCAUCACGCGCACCAGCGCGCUCCUCGACGCCUGCGGCUUCUACUGGGGGCCCCUGAGCGUGCACGGCGCGCACGAGCGGCUGCGCGCCGAGCCCGUGGGCACCUUCCUGGUGCGCGACAGCCGCCAGCGGAACUGCUUCUUCGCCCUCAGCGUGAAGAUGGCCUCGGGCCCCACGAGCAUCCGCGUGCACUUCCAGGCCGGCCGCUUCCACCUGGACGGCAGCCGCGAGACCUUCGACUGCCUCUUCGAGCUGCUGGAGCACUACGUGGCGGCGCCGCGCCGCAUGCUGGGCGCCCCGCUGCGCCAGCGCCGCGUGCGGCCGCUGCAGGAGCUGUGCCGCCAGCGCAUCGUGGCCACCGUGGGCCGCGAGAACCUGGCGCGCAUCCCCCUCAACCCCGUCCUGCGCGACUACCUGAGCUCCUUCCCCUUCCAGAUCUGACCGGCCGCGCCCACCGGGCAGGCAGCAUUAACGGGGUGGGGGGGGUGCCCGCCGUAUUAUUUCUAUUAUUAUUAUUAUUUGCCUGCAACC